CGUCCUCACUCAGACCAUCACCUACCGAACCACCACUCGUACCCGAUCCCAGAGAAAAACAAUCGAAAAACAACAAGCAAGAGAAAAAGCAACCAACAUGCCACCCACCAAACAAGAACUCUCCCUCCUCAUCAACCCUCUCGUCCCCGAAUCCGUCCAACACAACAACCGGACCCUAACAUCCCUCCACUCCCUAACAUCCUUCCUCCUCGGCCUAACCGCCGGAAUCCUCUCCCUGCAAUCCACCACCGGCUUCGCAUUCUACCUCCUCGGCACGAUCCUCGUCUCGGGGCUAUUCCAUCUCCUCUUACUCUAUCGAUCGGGGGGUCUCGGCGCGGGAGUGUAUUUCGCCGGCGCGAAUGGGGAGAUUGAGGGGGUGGAUGAGAAGGGGCUCGUGAGUGGUGGUAGUGGGAUGGGGGCGGUGUUGAGACGGGGUGCGUGGAGGGAUGUGUGGUUUGGGGGGGGCGUGUUGGGGGAGGCGCUUUCGGGGUUUGUGUUGGGGUGGGCGGGUGUGGGGGGGGUUUUGAGGUGA